ACUUCAUCUGAUUGAGCUCACACAAUAUCCUAUCCCUGCUCUGGCCUCCGGUAGUGGGUGGGAGCAGGGUGCUAUGUGUGGACAUGAAAAGUGACAGGACCAGCUGGGGUAUGAAAUCCAGUAAGACAGGCAGUUGGUCUGCGAGACGCAGACCACGAGCCCCCACAAUGCUCAGUUACAGCAGCCAGCAACUCAACUCGGUUACAAAAACCUCAGCCAGGAUUCAGUGUUACCACUGCCAAAUAUCAGGAGUUCUACAACAACCUGUGGAACUGAUCAUGUUCUGUGUGGCUCAAUCAAGAACCCAGGAGAUCAAUUGGCAGUCGUUAUCCUUAGCAAUCCUCUAAUUGUUGGUGAUUCAGCUAAUCGCAUGCUAAAAUCUUGUUAUAGGCAAUAGUAUCAACAGCACUGCGUAGAACAUGGGUGGGAAGCAAUCUCGCGGUUUCCCCAACAAGGAGCUGAACGAGGUGAGUGUUAGUCAAAGGAGGAAGAGUGCUGGGAGAGACGAGCAGCCCAGCCUGUCCUCAGCUGCUGAAAGGAUCCGCAGACACACCACAGUGCACUUUGGCUACAGCACCCUGAACCUGGCUAUGCAGGCACUUGAUGAGACCCCCUCUGAGCUGUGGGAGCUCCGAGAACUGCAGAAGCUAAACUUGUCCAUGAACUGCCUUUGCUCUCUGCCCCCUGCCCUGGGCACUCUGGACAAUCUGGUGAUCCUAAACUUGUGGGGUAACAACCUGUCUAGCCUGCCUCCAGAGAUCAGCCUCCUGAAGAAGCUACGUGUGCUCUUUGCCUGUCGUAACCGCCUCAGUGAGGUCCCCGAGGAGCUGGGUUCCUGUACCUGCCUAGAGGUGCUGAGCCUGGCAAACAACCAGAUCACAGGCCUACCAGGCAGUUUGGCAGCCAUGCACAAUCUCACCAAACUCAACCUGAGCCACAACCACAUCGCACACAUCCCCACCUGCGUCUACAGCAUGAAGGGCCUGGUCUUUCUCCACUUGGCAUGCAACCGUCUGGAGACCAUUGCGGACCAGAUCCAGGACUUGGUUAACCUGAAGAUCCUCAUUGUGGAGGGAAACAGUAUCCACACGUUGCCUAAGACACUGUGCUUCCUGGAGUCUUUAGAACUCCUCAAUGUUGAUUUCAAUGACCUGCAAAAUGUGCCAAUGGAAUUGUACCUACUGAGCAGGCUUGGAAGGUUGGCCUGCCACCCGCUGGAUAAAGGACUUCAUAUUAUCCACAACCCCCUCCUCAAGCCUAUCCAGGAGGUGCUGCAAGGAGGACUCAGUGCCCUCUAUAACUACCUCAAGCCCACGUGAGGGACUACCAGUAUGCCUGUGUGUGUGUGUGUGUGUGCGUGUGUGUGUGUGUGUGUGUGUGUGUGUGGGAGGGCAAGUCACAAUGGUAUGUUGGCACAAAUCUGACCCCUGGCACGUGGUAGACAUGCUGUGCUGCGCUGUGAGCCCUAGCUGCUACCACUAAUGCCUGACUGUAAGGAGAUACUAUCAGCCAAGACAAAUGGCCGUUACUCUGUAUUAAUAUUAUUAUUUCCUGUUUUUUAUGUAACGUGAAAGCUGGGUUAAAAAUAAACAACAAGUAACUGCUGUGUCAUGUCAAAACAUUUGUUAAUCCACAGCUAAGGGGUCAGGACAAGAUGCUCAGCUCAUGAAAACAUUCACAGGUCUACAUUUGGGGGCUGAUUACUGGCCCGUUGAUCUGGUUUUUCCUGUGGCAGCAAGGGGGACAUGGUGGAAAGUUCAACUACAUAUCAACACCCUCUAUGUUGGAUUCAGGUCAUGAGGAUCCGGUGUGGAAAGUCAGUGGA